UUGGCGAUAUGGAGAAAGAUGACGCUUGUCAGUCUUCUCUCUCAUCCUCUCCUCUGUUCCCAUUCAACUUACCUUCUCUGCAAAGGCGUCUUCAAAUCUCUCUGCAGACUCUGCACACAGCGCCCAAAGCAAAAGGAUAAAGAAACGAACAAACCAGAAGUAGAGAAAAAGAAAAUUCAAGGACCCCCUUUAUUCCGAUUUCCGAUACUCUCACUGUUCAUCCUCAAUUUUCCCUCUCUUACUCUGUUUUGCUCGAUUCUGUUCGCUUCUACUGAUAUACUCAAUGGUUGUUUUCUCGCCGAAGUUGCUGGGUGCUACAUAAAAUACCCAGAAGCAAAAAUGUCUUGGAAAGCCAAGGGGGAUCAUUAUUCUUCGAGAACUGUUCUAUCCCAGAAAUGGACCCUCUUCCUUUGCUUGGGGAGCUUUUGUUCUGGAAUGCUCUUCACCAACAGGAUGUGUACCAUUCCUGAAAAUAAAGGUAUGGCACGAACAACGGCCGCAGAAGCUGAGGAAUUGAAAUCAGUUUCAGAGGGUUGUAAUCUUAAAACUUUACACCAGAAGGAGGUCAAUUUUUCAUCUAAAGACAUUUUUGGAAAUGUUUUUAAGACUCAUAAUGCUAUACACACAUUAGAUAAGACAAUUUCUAAUUUAGAGAUGGAAUUAGCUGCUGCAAAGGCAGUACAGGAAUCUAUCCAAAGCAGUUCACCUUUAUCUGAAGAUUCAAAGCAGACAGAAACAUCUGGAAGAAGAAAGUAUUUGAUGGUUGUAGGAAUCAAUACUGCCUUUAGCAGCAGGAAAAGAAGAGAUUCCAUUCGUGCGACCUGGAUGCCUCAAGGUGAAAAAAGAAGAAAGUUGGAGGAAGAGAAAGGCAUCAUAAUUCGCUUUGUCAUUGGCCAUAGAUCUGAAUGCCUUCACUCUGAAAACGAUGGAACUUCUGAUAAGUAUUUUCUGUGGCAGCUGUUUAAGAAUUGCAGUACUACAUCAGGAGGUAUUCUGGACAGAGCUGUUGAAGCAGAAGACAAAAAGCAUGGAGAUCUCCUUAGGCUGGACCACGUUGAAGGUUACCUUGAAUUGUCUGCAAAAACUAAGAUAUAUUUCACUACAGCCGUUGCUUUAUGGGAUGCAGAUUUUUACGUCAAAGUAGAUGACGAUGUUCAUGUAAAUAUUGGAACGCUUGGUGAGACCUUAGUCAGACAUCAAACCAAGCCACGAGUAUACAUUGGAUGCAUGAAAUCUGGUCCUGUCCUUUCGCAGAGGGGAGUGAGAUACCAUGAACCUGAAUAUUGGAAAUUUGGAGAAGCGGGAAACAAGUAUUUCCGUCAUGCUACGGGACAACUAUAUGCCAUCUCAAAAGAUUUGGCUACUUACAUUUCAAUAAACCAGCAUGUUUUACACAAGUAUGCUAAUGAGGAUGUCUCCUUGGGAUCUUGGUUUAUUGGACUCGAUGUCGAUCAUAUUGAUGAUCGGAGACUCUGCUGUGGCACUCCACCUGAUUGUGAGUGGAAGGCUCAGGCGGGAAACAUUUGCGUCGCCUCGUUUGAUUGGAGUUGCAGUGGAAUUUGCAGGUCUGCCGAGAGGAUUAAGGAAGUCCAUCGCCGGUGUGGAGAAGCUGAGAAUGUACUAUGGAACACCACUUUCUGAGAUACUGCUUCGAACUUCUUCCAGACACGAAAGAAUGAGGAGCUUGUUUGCUGUUGUCUGUAAAAGAAGCUUGCUAAUCGCGUUGAAUACAGAGAUUUAACAUUGUAGAUAGAGAGUGAAAUCGCUGCACGAGCCACCUCCAGUUUUGCCAAGGGUUGGCUAGAUGAGCAGCUGAAAAAGAAAAGGAAGAACACAAUUUCUUUGUGGCUAUGAGGGGUAAUGUGUAAGUUAAACAGUUCCCUACCGUCAUGAAGGACAUGAUAAUAAAUACAUAUUCCAUGGCUUCUCCAGAUUCCCCAAUUCACUUUCUCUCGACAUUCCAGAAGUAUGUUGUAGAAAAAAGCUUUCCCCCCUGUUUUCUUUCCCUACAAUCUUUUGCAUCAUUCUCACUUUUAUUGUGUGGGAGAAUUCAAAAGAGAGUUCACAGGAUUCUUGAAAUAAGAGAAGAGAUGACUAAUCUAAAUUAGAAUCUAA